CUAUCACUAACCUUUACAUUGUAUUGCGUUUGUGAAAUAUAUGUCAUGAGCUCAGUACUGAUGUCUUAUCUCACAAAGUGUACUGUGAUGUUUGAAUGCCAGUUGAAUUUCUCACUCCACAGGAAUGUCUGCCGAAUUGUUUGGAGGCAACAAUCCUUUACCCAGAUGACUCUUGUAUCCCCUUCUAAGGCUGCGGAUGGGCAGGGAGCGAAUGUAAUAGAUGAGUCUGAUUUGCCAAUCUGUUGAGAGACCUGUGCUAUUUCUGGGAAAAAGGGUGAUAGACCAUUACUCAGAUUGGAGACAGAUAAAAGGCUGUGCUCUAGGUCCAGAUGUCGGUGGCAUUAUGAAGGCCUAAUGCAGUUGUGUGCAGGCUUUGUGAGUGUCUAGCACAAACACAUUCACAUGGCUGAUAGUCCCUCAUUUGAGCUGAAUCAACAGUGUAUAUGGGCUUGUAAUUUCUACAAGCUGCCCAUGAUGUAAAACAGUUGUUAUUAUAAAGCCUUAUGGGCGUAAUCACAAUCUGUGUGCCGUUAACAUGCUAGCACGUAGUGACUAGGGAUAGUUUAUGAUGGUUGAGUAAUUGACUUGUUGUCCAACAACCAACUUGUCAAUUAGUGAGUUUGACUAGUUUAUUUAGAUUUUUUUUGCAUGCUUUAAUUGGUGCGCUGACAGCAUGUAGUGCUUUUGCAGCUGUCAGCGGUGGCAUGUUAAAAUGCUAUCGAAAAACGUAUCUUUAAACUGAAGCACAUUCAGACGGACGUCUUUUGAUGUUAUGUCUCAUCUCAAACUGUUUAUUAAGCAUCCUGCCAUGAGUUUCACAUUUUUUAGGAGACAUGUCAAGUUAAAUGGUACUAAAGCUUUUAUAACGUUUUUACUUCAAGUUGAUUUUGAACGGUUCCCAAAAUCACAGCCCCAGGGGUCAUUGACAAAUAAGGUUGUCCAGGUUGAUAAAUAUUUGAAAUCUUUAAAAAAUGUAGUUUAAAAUACAUGUGUCAAGUUUUAGAAAUGUAAUCUUUGUGUCCAUGUUAUAUAUAUAUAUAUAUAUAUAUAGUUUAAGAUAUAAUAAUAGUUUGAAUCCAGGGCGUGCCGAGUGACUCCAGUCAGGCUUCCUAAGCAAUCAAUUGGCCCGGUUGCUAGGGUAGGUAGAGUCACGUUGGGUUAACCUCCUCGUGGUCGCUAUAAUGUGGUUCUUGCUCUCGGUGGGGCACGUGGUGAGUUGUGCGUGGAUGCCGCGGAGAAUAACAUGAGCCUCCAUACGCGCUAGGUCUCCACGGUAAUGCGCUCAACAAACCACGUGAUAAGAUGCAUGGAUUGAUGGUCUCAGACAUGGAGGCAACUGAUAAUCAUCCUCCGCCACCUGGAUUGAGGUGAGUCACUACGCCACGAUGAGGACUUAGAGCGCAUUGGGAAUUGGGCAUUCCAAAUUAGGGAGAAAAGGGGAGAAAAUCUAAAAUAAAUAAAUAAAUAAAUAAAAGAUAUAAUAAUACAAUGUUAUUCUGUUAUUAUGACACUACUCAUGCCAACAUUUAUUUCUAUUGCACUUCUCACAUGUUCCCAAAUGGAAAACUAAUACUAACAGAGAUAUAAUGUCAUUGAUUAUUCACUAUAACUAAGUUGUAAAUGUGUUUUAUUUGUUAACAUUUUGAAUUUAGACCUGAAUUAAAUAAAUUACUACAUUCUAGUUGUAAAAAAUUACAUUGAACUGGCCCUGGGCUUUGUUUGUUAGUCAGAAACAGUUGGGCAGAAACAGGUUCUGGAUGUUUUUGAAUGUUUUAGAGGAUAGUUGUAGCAUAAUUCUGGGGCUUGUGAGAAUGUGUGUUUUCUUUGUAAAAAUGUUGAGUUUAGGCCAUAAUUGAAUCAGUCAGUAAAUAAUUUCUGGUUGCAGUAUUUGAAAUUAAGACCUUGGCUCGACUCAUUCAGAGAGAAGUGUCUGCAGGUUGUAUCGGAAGAACAUCGAGCCAAAUGGACAUCGAGCCAAAUCUGAACCUGGAUUGUCAGGGGAUGUUGUGAUGAAGCUUGCUUCCACACUUCCAGAAGGGCAGAACUACAAAAUCUAUGCAGACAGCUAUUUCACCUGCAUCCCAUUGGUAGUUCAGCUCCUUCGUAGUGGAAUUCAUUACGUGGGAACAGCCAGACAGGUACACCUACCCAACUGUAACCUUGCAGACGAGAAGAGCUUCAAGAAGAGUGAGAGAGGAAGCUUUGACUUCAGAGUCAAGGGGAACUACAACAUCUGUGCUGUCAAAUGGUUUGACAAUAGGGUGGUGACACUUGUGUCAUCCUUUGCUAGUCCAGAACCUGUGCAGAAAAUUAAACGCUGGGACAAAGCCACCAAAACCAACACUGAAGUUGAGAGGCCUUACAUUGUGGGAACUUACAACAAAUUCAUGGGAGGUGUAUAUUUAUUGGAUACAUUUGCUGCCAAAUAUAAGUUUCUCAUAAAAUCGAAACGGUGGUACCUGUACAUCUUCUGGCACACCAUUAUUCUCGCUGUGAUCAACGCCUGGCUCCUCUACGAGCGAGACUGCAAAGCGCUCAAUAUUUUGCCAAAAGAGUUGCUGAACAGGAGACAGUUUCAGGCAGAACUAGCAGAUUCUCUUAUCCUGGUGAACACAACUCCAAUUAAACCAAAGAGAGGGCGACCAUCUUCAGCCGGUGGCAGCCCAUUAACACAGACGGUGACAUCAAAGAGCCCUUUGAAUGCUCACAAGAGACCGUCCUCAGAUGGGAGCUAAGAGGCCAUCUGCACACACCCCGGUGGAUGUGCGCAGGGACAUUGUUGCACAUUUACCAGUGAAGACAACAAGAGGAUGCUGCAGACUCUGCAAAACUGGCUACACCAAUACUCUAUGCCACAAGUGCAAUGUUCGUCUUUGUUUUUCAGAGGACAAGAACUGUCUUUGGGACUACCAUACCUGAACUUUGGGACUAAGUCUAAGUUCAGUUUUGUAAAAAAAAAAAAAAAAAAAAAUGUUUUUCCU